AUGGCUGCUGUGCGUCGGUCUACCAGAAUAAGGACAAAAUCUCAGGCCACUGAGGAAGAAGGUUCCGAUGAUGAGCAAAAUACCAGCGUGCAACACGUAGAAUCUGAUAAGAUCACUGCCAAAGCUCAACGUGAAGAGGAAGAAGAAGAAGAAGAAGACAAUGGUGAGAGUGAAGAAAGUAGCAGUGAGGAUGACUACGAAGACCAAGAUGAUGAUGACUACGUAGAUACCGCUACCGCGAAGAGGAAGUCUAGAAAGAGAAAAUCUAAAUCAGCAUCAAAUACCAGUAGUAAAAGACAAAAGAAAAAACCUACCUCUACUCAGAAGUCGGCGGCAUCUCAUGCUCCCGUUUAUCACCGCUCUAAAAAAGAUCAGGAUCAAUACUUAGAAAUUGCGAAGGAUUUCCAACCUACAGAAUUGUUUGAGAUACUAUCCACUUCAGAGGACGUUUCCAUUGAAGAAUUGUUGCGAGAAUGGUUGGAAACUUAUACUGAAAAUAGAGAUAAAUUUUUGCAAGAAUUUAUCAAUUUGCUAUUGAAUUGUUGUGGCUCUGUUGCUCGUGUCGAAGACCAUGACGUUCACAGUAAUGAAUCUUCUAACGAAACGAUUGGUGAAAUUCAGUUACUUUUCCAAAGACAGAAACUACACGAAUUUUAUCUCUUGGUAAGUAAGGAAAACAAAAAGAGGAAAAACUUUAGAAUGGGACCCCUUUAUCAAAAUUUCGCGGAAUUCAUGACUAAAUUGUUGGAAGUGGCAAAUGACUUACAGCUGCUAUACGUGGAAUCGGAUGAAGAUGAUACUCAAAUAGUUACUGGUAACCUUGUCUUGGAUUUGUUGACUUGGCUGUCUUCCUUUUCUGUUUGCAAGAUCAGAUGCUUCAGAUACAUUUCAACACUAACAUUAUACCUUUUCCAAGACUACUUGACUCAACAGGCUGUUAAUUUGGAAAAGAAUUAUUUGGCAAAGUUAACAAGACAGCUAUCGCUUGAAGAAAAAAAAAAGAGGCCUAAUAGGAAAACUUUAGAGAAACUAGAGAGUACUAUCGCCGAAACUCAUGGUAGCAAAGUCGUUAUUGAGAGUAUUAUUGAUAAUAUAAUCAAAUUAUGUUUUGUUCACAGGUAUAAGGACGUGUCUGAUUUGAUUCGUUCAGAAUCCAUGCUGCAUUUAUCCAUUUGGAUUAAAAACUAUCCUGAAUAUUUUCUCAAGGUUACAUUUUUAAAGUAUUUUGGCUGGUUAUUGAGCGAUAAUUCUGUAUCAGUCAGAUUACAGGUCACCAAGAUUUUACCGCAUCUAAUAAUUCAAAAUCAUAACAGUAAAUCCACUGAUAAUUCCGCUAUCCGUCAAGUAUUUGAACGUUUCAAAACUAAGAUCCUGGAGGUGGCAAUCCGUGACGUUAAUCUUGAUGUCAGGAUCCACAGUAUCCAAGUUCUAACGGAGGCGUCAUCAUUAGGAUACUUAGAUGAUUCUGAGAUCCUUAUCAUUUCUAGUUUAAUGUUUGAUGAAGAGUUUGACCCAUUCAGAACAUCCUCAUUCAAUAGAAGAUCCAAGUUCCUAUCUACGGUGGCCAAGUUCUUAGCAAGAGUAAUAAAUGAGAAAUUCGAGGAAUUCAUCAAGACACAUGAGGACUUACCCAAAGAAGUCGACGGACUAGAAGUUGGGUCCGUUGUUCAAGUUGGUAUAUUUACCAAGAUUCUAAAUGACUCUUUAAUUUAUCACUUAAAGGAUUCCGCCGAAGUCGAUUCAAGGACAAAAAUCCGUAUGCUAACACAAGCGGCAGAGUUUUUGUCUCCUUACAUUUCCACUCAUUUGAAAACUAUUUGCAAUCUGCUGAUCUCUGAUACUGAGUCAAAUGAACUGAUCCAGACUUUGCAAAACUCGACUGAUAAUAAUAAUGACAAUGAUGAUGUCGACGAUGAAGAAUUGGACAUUACUCCAUUGUUUCCCAUUGACAGAAAUAGCACCAUUUUAUAUCUCAACGUAUUUCAUGGUCUGUGUGCAGGCUCUAACAACCCAAAAAUCCAAACCAAGGACAGCGUUAAGGAAAUAGUUUUGCCUCUAUUCUAUGAUCUAUUAAACGCCACAUCCAUCGAAUCCGCAGAUAUUUUGUGUCCGCUUCUGGAGAGUUUUAUGACAUUCUCUCUGGAUGAUUGGAUAUCUAUUGGGUAUGAAACAGAAUUGAAAAAAAUUACCGACAAAACUGUCAAGGCAUUUAUGGAUUCUACAAUCGGGGACUCAAAAGUGGAUAUGAAAUACGAUAUAUUUGCUAAGUUUAUCCAUCAUAUCCAUCAUUUCGAGAAAAAAGAAUUGCAAGAAAAACUGCUCAACCAAAUAACAACAUUGACAAUUCAUUUAAAAAAAUUUCUGGAAGAAAAAAUGGAGCCAAAUAAUUCCAGGGAUGACUACAAAGAUUUAACUUGUUCUUUAUAUGAACUAUACAUCAAUAAACUGACAAUCCUUGGCAGAGACUACCCAAUCGAGGUUGAUGAAGAACUAUUGCAACUAUUUUUGAACAAUUUUGUUUCUCGUAUCCCUAUAAUAUUUCAAAGUUUUGAUGACAGUACCGCUCAAGAAAUAAACUUUAAAAUACUAGUGCUAUUAGCAACAUGGAAUUUGGAAAAAUGGAGAGAAAUAAUAGAGAAAGUAACAGAUCAUGAGAAUUCUACUCCAAAAAAUCUUAGAUCAGUUUGGAAACCCAUAGCCGCUAUAAUAGGUCGUUUAAACACACUUGUUACUUCUUUGGCGGCUAUAAACGAAACAUCUGAAAAUAUAAACAGCUUGUUUUACUUAAAAUGGUCAGCUUCCACUUCAUUAAUGGAUAUAAUCGUUGCAAUAAAAGUUUUUGAGCUCAAAUUGCCUGCAGACGCUACAUCAUGGAAGUACAGUAUGAGCGAGCAAUUUCCUUUUUACCUUCACGAUAAUGCAUCCAAGGUGCUUUUGGAAGUAUUUUUAUAUUUAGAGAGUCUUUUCGCUAAACAAAUUGACGUCCAAUUAGAGAGGGUAGCAGAUGAAGACGCUAACCUAAAUGAUUUACCGGAAACGGGUUUUUUCAACAACAUUGAAACUGAAUUUCUUUUAUUCACAGUUAAAUUGAAGGGGCUGAUGAAAUUGAAUAUUCUAGAUGAGCGAUUUGCUUCCCGUAUGGCACUAAACAAGGAAAAGCUUGGCCCAUUGUUCAAAAAAAUUGUAGAUGAUACCAUAAUGGAAAGUCCAGAAUCUAACGAAAAGAAUAAACAGAAAGCAAAAUCAAAUCAAACACAGAAGGAAAAGGAUCUUCCUUUGCAACCAAACAGUGAACGAGAAACCGACCAUGCAAACAUUGAAAAAAAUGAUUCAGAUAUUCCGAUGACAAACGAUCUAGAACCUAUUGAAGAAAGUUCGCAAGAUAACUCAGAAUUAGCACCAAUUGAGGAACAUCCUACCGUGGUAGAUGCUAUAGAUAACAGCGACGCAAUGACACAAGAUUAA